GAGGGGUUAAAACCAAACGUUUGGAGAGACGCUGUUCGGAAACAUAAAUCCCCACGUUUGCACAAACAGCCCGGCGGCCUCUUGCUCGGACCGACAGCGCAGUAAUGCAGCCGGUUCCUCUUGUCCUUCCCCCGCAGCUGCAACCAGAGAAGCUCCGUUAACCGACGGUGGACCGGCGAGGUCUGUCCGCAGCCACCGGGGCUCGGCCGGUUCUGCGCCCCCGUUACCUUCCGUCAUCCUCUGACCCCGACAUGCGAGGAUGUGCAGUAAGUUGAGCAGCAGCACAAGUCAGCGAGCCGGAUCACAAAAAGGGCCGUUUUUUACAUGAACCCUGGCAGGGCUCGGAUCCGCGUCCCAGUCGGUUCCAGACGCUCAGGAUGAGGAAACCCAAAGUGAUCCGGAUGGUUUUUGCCUUGAGUCUGGGGUGUUUCAUCAUGGUCAUCUUCUAUUUCAACAGCAGCCUGAAGCCAGCCUCAGAGCCAGUAGGAGAAAGAAGCAGUGAGCAGAAGUCGAGGAGGAGUCCUCUGCAGACGCUGUACGACGGUGACCAGGUUGAAUCAGCGGUGCAGGCGAUCCAUCAGGGUCGACGGGAGCUGUUAGAAGAAGCCUGCCGCUCCUACACCCGCAAACGCAGAGUCCUCAUCCCCGAGGACCUGAAGCACGUCAUCGUGGACGACCAGCACGGCUUGUUGUACUGCUACGUGCCCAAAGUGGCCUGUACCAACUGGAAACGGGUGCUCAUGGUCCUGACGGGCGUCUCCGGGCCCCACAGAGAUCCACUGGCGAUCCCCGCCAACGAGGCCCACGUCCCAGGAAACCUCCGAACCCUGUCGGAGUACUCCACCUCCCAGAUCAACCAGCGUCUGCGCUCCUACCUGAAGUUCGUCUUCGUGCGUGAGCCCUUCGAGCGGCUGGUGUCGGCGUACCGCAACAAAUUCACGCGGAGCUACAACACCGCUUUUCAUAAACGAUACGGCACAAAGAUAGUGCGGCGGCACAGGCCAGAUCCGCAGCCGGAAGCUCUGGAGAGAGGAAACGAUGUCUCGUUUGAGGAGUUUGUGUAUUACCUCGUGGACCCGGCCACCCAGCGAGAGGAGCCCUUCAACGAGCACUGGGAGCGGGUUCACUCGCUGUGCCACCCCUGCCUCAUCCACUACGACGUGGUGGGGAAAUACGAGACGCUGGAGCAGGACUCCCGCUACGUGCUGCAGCUGGCCGGGGUGGAGGACCAGGUCAGCUUCCCCGCCUCGUCCAAGAGCACCAGGACUACAGGAGACAUGGCGGCACAGUUCUUCCACAACAUCAGCCCUUUUUACCAGAAGAAGCUGUACAAUCUCUAUCGCAUGGACUUCCUGCUCUUCAACUACUCCAUACCGGCCUACCUCAAGUUUAGAUGAGGCUGGGAUGUCACACUUUCACACUCGACUUGAACUUACUGAGCCUGGAUGCUCUCUGUAGGCCUUAAUACGGACACUGCAAGUGCUGUUUUAAUUGAAAAAAGUGCCACAAAGGCAUUGACUACUGGGCCUGAUUAGAGGGCCAAAGAAAAAAGAUUUAUUUUUAGAAAGUGAACAUCAGGAUGGAGAACUUUUGUGAGGAACUUUCAUCACACGAUCAAACCGGUUGCCUAAAGAAGGCAAACCAUAUUUUACUGUAAACGGUGAUCAAAUGAAUGUUGGUCACUGCCUUUGAAUGUUGUAAAACGCCAUUCAACUUUUGAUUUAAUAUCAUUUUGGUUGUUGUCUGCUGUUUCAAAAGUGUAUUUGCACAACAAAUAUUAUCUUUACAAGGUGCAGUAGCAAAAUAAGUAUUAAAAUCAUAUUUAGACAGUGAAUGUCUCCAAACGUACGUGCCUUUGAUUGUGGGCCUUAUUCUGUCUCCAGAUGUCAACUUUUGUAACUGUGACUCUUGUUUUUUUUUUCUAAUGUAGAUUUUUGUGUAACUAUGAUAGUUUUUAUUUAUUGUGUUAUUUCAGACUCUUCAAAGUCAGACAAACCAAAAUAGAUAGUUUCUCUCACAAUUUUCAAAUAAAUGCAUUUCAGCAAAAAUGUG